AUGGUUCAUGCUAAGAGCUGGACCCUGAAGAAGCUCUUUGAAGGCAGCCCUACUCUUAGUAACUUUGAGUUAAAGACAGUUGAACUCCCACCCUUAAAAAAUGGAGAGGUCCUGCUGGAAGCUUUGUUCCUUACCGUGGAUCCUUAUAUGAGAGUGGCGGCGGCCAAAAGAUUGAAGGAGGGUGAUAUGAUGAUGGGGCAGCAAGUGGCCAGAGUUGUGGAAAGUAAAAACUCAGCCUUCCCAGCAGGAACUGUGGUAGUGGCUUUUUCAGGCUGGACGACACACUCUAUUUCUGAUGGGAAAGAUCUGGAAAAGCUACCCACAGAGUGGCCAGACACAGUACCGGUGUCUUUGGCUCUGGGAACAGUGGGCAUGACAGCCUACUUUGGCCUACUUGACAUCUGUGGUGUGAAGGAUGGAGAAACAGUGAUGGUUAAUGCAGCAGCAGGAGAAGUGGGCUCUGACGAAAAGGUUGCCUACCUCAAAAAGCUUGGAUAUGAUGUUGUUGCCUUUAACUACAAAACAGUAGAGUCUUUGGAAGAAACUUUGAAAAAAACCUCUACUGAUGGUUAUGAUUAUUACUUUGAUAAUGUAGGUGGAGAGUUUUCAAACAUUGUUAUCCCCCAGAUGAAGAAAUUUGGAAGAAUUGCUAUAUGUGGGGCCAUCUCUACAUAUAAUAGUACUUGCCCUCUUCCCCCAGGCCCACCCCCAGAAAAUACUAUCUAUCAGCAUCUCCUCAUGGAAGGGUUCAUCAUCACCCACUGGCAAGGAGAGGUCCGCCAGAAGGCUCUGAAAGACUUGCUGAAAUGGGUCGUAGAGGGUAAAAUCCAGUACCACGAAUACAUCACUCAAGGAUUUGAAAACAUGUCAGCUACAUUCAUGGGAAUGCUGAAAGGAGAUAAUUUGGGAAAAACAAUAGUGAAAGUAUGA